GCCAUUUGAACUCGCACCGCUGCUCAAGCUCAGCUCAGCAACGGCCUCCUUCCAGUCCAGCCCCUUCUCUGUGCGCCGGCACGGUGAGGGGAACGGGGUUGCCGGGUGCUCGAUCACCGCAUAACUGAAACGGAGGCGUCAACGCGAUGCAGGGAGGCCACGGCUAUGGCGCCUACGGUUACGCCGGCUACGUCUACGACGCCGGCGCGUACGCCUCCGCGGGCGGGUACUACUCCGACGGCGGUUACCCAUCCGCGCCGGCCUACGAGGACCCGCUCGUCACGGCCGGCCGGCGGGCGCACGACAUUCCGGCGCCGCUCAGCGGGCUCGAGCUGCAGCCGUCGGAGGCGUGCCCCAAGAACUACGUCGUCUUCGACCAGACGUGCACCCACAGCCGGGUCACGUUCCACCCCUCCCUGGCGCGCAAGCUCGGGGGUCCGACGGAGUCGCACGGCGCCGGCGCGUGCGCCGCGGACGCCGACGACGGCUGCUCGGCGGUGCGGCAGGAGGAGGACCCGGAGGAGAUCGACGCGCUGCUGAGCCUGAGCUCGGAGGACGGCGGCGGCGACGAGGACGACGUGGCGAGCACGGGGCGCGCCCCGGGCUGCGGCCGGGACGACGGGGGCUCCCCGGACUCCACGUGCUCCUCCGGCGUCGGCAAGAAGAAGGCGCGGGUAAAGAAGAUGAUGCGGGCGCUCAAGGGCAUCGUCCCCGGCGCCAAGCGGAUGGACGCGCCGGACGCGCUGGACGAGGCCGUCUGGUACCUCAAGUCGCUCAAGGUGGAGGCGGCGAAGAAGCUGGGCGGCGCGCGGGGCUCGGACAGCUAGCCGGGCCGGUGCGUCGAUCGGCAACAGCUCCAGUCGGCAUGGGCACGAGGCGGCAGCAGCCAUGAUCUGGCCCAGCUCCUUUUGCUCGAUCGCAGCGGCAGCACAGGUGUUGAUGAUUGCGUCGUGUGCUGCUCGUGAUGGCGACGACGAUGAUGGUGGCACGAGGGCACACUUCCCUUACCCAGUUCCUCGCUGCGAUCAUCGUGUUCGAUCGUUCGUGUCCGGUGUUGGGCACGGUCCAGCUUGCUGCCUUUCGCCUCCGCCGUGCCGAUCGAGUAUCCUGUCCCUUUUUGUCCAGUGCUAGCUCGCAAGGUCGUCAACCUGAUGAUGCAUGCUUUGCUUUCUCUGUAAUGACACUCUAAACAAUAGUACUAGUACUACCAAAUGCAUGGCUGCCUCUUAAAUCUUGACUGUAACCUUGAUUAGGGCAUCGAUGGUUGUUGUUCAAUUAGACGAGCUUUUAACAGAAUUACUGGCCAAUGAUUGGCUUCAGCUGCUAUGUAUAAGUGUAACAGUUCGUCCUUGGAUAGUUGAAUAUAGCUAGCUAGGCUUUCUGCA